AUGGGUGUUACAAAGGAAACGAUUCGUGAGGGCGAUGGAGAGAACUUUCCAAAGAAGGGCAACAAGCUCCAGAUGCAUUACAAAGGCACCUUGGCAUCCAACGGAACCCAAUUCGAUUCCAGUUAUGACAGAGGCACCCCUUUCUCCUUUAAGAUUGGAAAGGGAGAGGUCAUUCAGGGAUGGGAUGAAGGUGUGAUUCAAAUGAGUUUGGGAGAAAAGGCAAAACUGAACAUUUCCUCUGAUUUCGGCUAUGGGGCAGAGGGAGCCGGUGGUGUCAUUCCCCCCAACGCUGACCUGGUUUUCGUGGUAGAGCUGCUGGCUAUUGGGGAUAAGCAAGCCAAUAUCCCAAAAGAAGGUGGCUGCUGCGUCAUUCUCUAG